UGUCACGAGAUCUGCAUCAUACAUUACACACAUCUGAACACUGGGGAGGAAGCAGAUGGACUGGUUCCUGUGAGUUCUAGUCAAACACUCCCACUGCACACACACACACGUGCUUUUGAGUCCAGGUGAGACAGGAAUACUCUCGACUGUUUAGACACGUCCCACUGGGGGAGGGUGAAGAGAAAUGCACACACACACACACACACACACACACACACACACUCUGAAAAACUCACGCAGAAUGAGUGACUGCUGCUGUGUUCAGGUGUCUCCUCAGUGCCUUGACUAAUGUUGAUCUUCAUCACGUGAAGAACCUCAGAUCUCACAGGCUUCAUUACUGCAUUACUUCAUCUUUCUGAUGGAAGGUGUUCUGGACGCUGCGCUCCGUGUGUGUGUGUGUAAACUGACGUUCAGUGCGCUGUUGUGUCCGUCUGUGGUCACACACACCGUCACAGCGGUCAGUGUUUGCUGCUGCUGCCUGCUGUUAUUCACGGACCUGGCCGUCACCCUGUUUCUGCUCUCCGUCUGGCUCACGGAGAUCUGGGUGACGCCUUUCAGCGUGUCUUCGGAUGUGGUGGCCCUUCGAUUCCUGCUGUUUCUCUGCCAGGCCUACGGAGCCGUGCUGUUGCUGACGCCGCUCCUGAUCGCGGUGGAGUUGCUGGUCGAUCUGCUGGACGGGACGGCCACGGGACACUCGGAGCAAAAUGAAUCUAAGCGUCUUUCUAGGACGAUUGGCUGUUUGGGAUGUCUGCUAGCGUGGGUUGUGAGUGGGAUCUAUAGCAGUCAUGACUGGACGCUGGAAGGGUUCGCUGUGGAGGCCUGUUUGAAAAGAGGCGGACGUCUCGUUACAUGCAUUCCCGACACGGAUGAGUCGUCCUGGGUUCUUCCGGCAAUGCUGGUCCUGUUGAGUUUGGGUCGGCUCAGGUCUGACUCGUGUAGAAACACACAGAUAAAGGACGGCUGUGGCGUUCACAGGGACGGGUGUGUUUACGGUGAGCAACGAUGGUCCUGUCCAGGGAACGAUGUCCAAACCGGUUUGGCAGACAAACCAAACCUAUCAACGUUUGCACAGUCUAACACCGAUCUUCUACAGGAGGUCACAUCGCUGGCUGUUUUUAACAAACGGUGUUGUAUUCCUGAAAGGGAAAGUCCCCGCUUUAGGCUAGACGCGCUCACAGGGUUGGUAUGCAUGGCUCUGGUUUGCGUUUUUCCCACAGUCGUCAGUGGGAAUAUUCUCCUUAUCUUAAACUUGGAGAACAUGGUGGUGAACACAUUUAAACUUUUAUCUCAUUCGGUCAACAGACUCCCGUAAGUCUGAUUAUAGAUGAGGUUUGUGAAGCAGAACGAGAUGGCCGACCUGUUAUUGUCCAUGCAAAUUCAUUUGAUGGAUCGCCUUGCACACGUACCGCAGCAAAAUCUGACGCAAAUGCAAAUGAAGCCUGGGGUUAUGUUCAUGCGUGUCUACAUCCAGGGACCCUUUUGUUACGGAUUUUUUAUUUUUUUUUGUUCACAAAUGUAAUUUUAGUCUGUUUAUUAAUGUUUUUACUCUACAUUUGUGCUGUUUUUGGAGGAUUUGUGAUAUCUUUGAAAUUUCUAUAAAUAAAUAAAGAAAUAUUUAUUUAAA